GAGAUUAUUAUGGUCUGCGUUUGGCUUCUUCUUCUUCUUCCUCCUCAUCACCGGGGCGAAUUCCCAGUCCACCUUCCAUUACUGCCCAAACACCACUCUCUACGCGCCAAACGACCCCUACCGCUCCAACCUCAACUCCGUUCUCUCGAUGCUCCUUUCCUCCAAAAACGCCACGCGCGCAAACCGAAGAGGCCUCUUCGGCUCUGCCUCGGCCGGGAGCGGUGGGGACUCCGCCGCGUACGCUCUCUUCAUGUGCGGCGGCGACGUCCUCGCCCGCUACUGCCUGGCGUGCGUGAGCGAUGCCAGGGACAACAUCAUGCAGUUGUGUCCCAGACAGAAGACUGCCUAUGUCUGGUACGACCUCUGCAUGCUGCGCUAUUCGGACAGGCCCAUCGUCGGGAGGCUCGACGUGUCGGUCCAUAACAUUAUGUACCGUCCCGAAAACCACUCCCGGCCAGAGGCUUUCAUGACGUGGGUCGGCAUCUCGCUGGCGAAUCUAGCCAACCGGUUGAAGGAUGGCGGCGGCGGCGGCAGCAGCAAGUUUGCCACGCGCGAAACUAGGUUCGAUUCGAGGGAGACGAUAUACACUCUGGGGCAGUGUACGCCGGACCUGUCCAAUGCCGACUGCGAGGAAUGCAUAACUAAAGCUAAACAAGGCCUAACGGCGCCGGCGAUCGGUUGUAGGAGUAUGCUCCCAAGCUGUUAUGUGAGGUAUGAGAUGUACCCUUUCUACUAUAACUCUCUUGCGGCCGCCCCGGCGGCUUCCGUUCCUCCACCACCGCCGCCGGCGCAUAUUCUUGGUUCUUCAUCUAGUUCGAAGGUGGCCAUUGUCGCAACUAUAGCUCCAUUUUGUGGGGUUAUGUUCACAAUUGCAAUCAUAUGUCUUGUGAGAACUAGACGACGUGCCAAACAGAGAAAUGGGAUAUCUCCAAGUGCAGAUGUAAAUGGCAUUUCAAGCGAGUCAUGCCAAUAUGAUUUUACUACUAUUCAAGCUAUUACUAAUGAUUUCUCAUGUAUAAUCGGACAAGGUGGAUAUGGUUUCGUAUACAAGUGGUUACAUGUCCCCCGAGUAUGCAAUGCAUGGAGAAUUUUCUGUGAAGUCUGAUAUUUUCAGCUUCGGUGUGCUUAUCCUAGAGAUCAUUUCUGGAAAGAAAAAUAAGUUCCGCCAAUCAAAUAAAGCACAAGACCUCCUUGGCUAUGUUUGGGAGCAAUGGAUUGAUGGAAGACCUCUGAAGAUAUUAGAUCCAAACCUUAAAGAAUGUUAUACAAUUGAAGAAGUCAUCCAAUGUAUACACAUUGGUUUACUAUGUGUUCAAGAAAGUGCGGAUAAAAGACCUACAAUACAAGAGAUAAUGUUGAUGUUCAAUAGUUAUUCGAAUAAUAAUUGGUCAAUGCCUAGUGAACCUGCUUUUUUUCAAGGAGUGACCUCUUAAUGGUUCAGAUGUCUGAAUGGUUCAGCACUUAAUGGUUCAGACUGUUUGUUUCAGCCUCUUAAUGGUUCAGAUGUCUGAAUGGUUAAGAGAUUUGCUUCUGAAUGGUUAAGUAUUAUACAGAGUCUGAAUGGUUAAGGCCUCUUAUCUGAAUUGAUCAGACAUUUGCCUCUGAAUAGUUAAACAAUAUACUAGCUCUUAAUGG